UGUCGUAGUAUUAGGUAGUAUUAGGUGUUAUGUCAUUAUUGUCCUCCGGGUAGCUGGUAGCUCCGCGGGCCUGCUUUAGUGCGCUGCCAACCCUUGUUCCUUUCCCGUGUCAAUGAUUGUCCUCCCCUCUCUCUCAUGGCGGAGACUAAAAUCAUAUAUCACAUAGACGAGGAGGAGACUCCGUAUCUGGUCAAACUCUCGGUUUCUCCGGAGAAAGUCACCUUAGCGGAUUUUAAAAAUGUCCUCAACAAUCGGCCGGUCAACAGCUACAAAUUCUUCUUCAAAUCCAUGGACCAGGAUUUUGGGGUCGUCAAAGAAGAGAUUUCCGAUGACAACGCCAAGCUGCCAUGCUUCAACGGGAGGGUAGUGUCCUGGUUGGUCCUAGCAGAGAGUUCACACUCCGAUGGAGGAUCUCAGUGCACAGAGAGCCAUCCCGAACUUCCCCCUCCCCUCGAAAGAACAGGGGGCAUUGGAGACUCGCGACCCCCGUCCUUCCAUGCCAAUGCAGUGAGCAGCCGCGACGGCCUGGACACGGAGACGGGAACAGAGUCCCUCCUGAGCCACCGCAGAGAGCGUGAAAGAGAGCGCGCACGCAGAAGAGCUCGAGAAACUGAGCUCCCACGCAUCAACGGUCACUCUAAAUCGGAGCGCACAGCGCGGGACUCGGCCAUGGGUUACGACAGCGCAUCCGUAAUGAGCAGCGAGCUGGAGUCCAGCUCGUUUGUUGACAGCGAGGAAGAGGAGGACGCCAGCAGGCUCAGCAGUUCCACAGAACAGAGUUCUUCUUCACAGCUGAUGCGCAGACACAAACGGCGCAGACGGAGGCACAAAGUGGCCAAGAUAGACCGGUCUUCAUCCUUCAGCAGUAUCACAGACUCCACCAUGAGCCUCAACAUCAUCACCGUCACUCUCAACAUGGAGAAGUACAACUUUCUGGGAAUCAGUAUUGUGGGUCAGAGUAAUGAUCGGGGAGACGGAGGUAUUUACAUCGGCUCCAUCAUGAAGGGAGGCGCUGUAGCUGCAGAUGGCAGAAUAGAACCUGGAGACAUGCUUCUGCAGGUGAAUGAUGUGAACUUUGAGAACAUGAGCAACGAUGACGCUGUGAGGAUCUUAAGAGAGAUCGUCUCAAAACCUGGUCCAAUCAGUCUUACUGUUGCCAAAUGUUGGGAUCCAUCUCCACGGAGUUACUUCACCAUCCCUCGAGCUGAACCAGUGAGACCCAUCGACCCUGCAGCAUGGAUUUCACACACCACAGCCCUGACAGGACCGUACCCACACUAUGAAUUUGACGACUUGCCUCUGUCUGCAAGUAAAACAGACAUGGCAACCAUCGUUAAGGUGAUGCAGCUGCCUGACUCAGGCCUCGAGAUACGAGACAGGAUGUGGUUGAAGAUCACCAUCGCCAACGCAGUCAUUGGUGCUGACGUGGUCGACUGGCUUUACUCCAGAGUCGAGGGAUUCAAGGAUCGACGAGAUGCAAGAAAGUAUGCAAGCAGUUUGCUGAAACAUGGCUACCUGAGACACACGGUCAACAAAAUCACCUUCUCUGAACAGUGCUACUAUACGUUUGGGGACCUCUGUCAAAAUAUGGCAUCAUUAAAUUUAAAUGAGGGAUCCAGCGGCGGAGGAUCUGAGCAGGACACUUUGGCACCUCUACCUCCUACCAACAACCCCUGGCCUCUGGGUGGGCAGCCGUUCCCCUACCCUCCUUUUCCCUCCGCGCCCCCCAGCUUUCCACCAGGAUACUCAGACCCGUGCCACAGUUUCCACAGCGGGAGCGCCGGCAGUCAGCACAGUGAGGGAAGCCGAAGCAGUGGAUCCAACCCCAGCGCAGGCAAAGACAGGCGCUCCCCGCAGGAGAAGUGUCAGAAGACGACGUGCAACGAGUCGGAGCUGGGCAUCCGCAUAGGGAGGCGCAGCGACAGGUCCGCCAGCCAAAUGAGCCAUCACAGCCACGCCCGGUCGAGCCUCAGCCACUCGCUCAGGAGCCACUCUCUCUCUCAGAACAACCACCCGUCCUUCAUCUACAGCCACGCCCUCUUCGCCCAGCCGGGCCCGAGCUCCUGUGCGCAGAGCGAGCGGAGCCACGCCUCCUCCUACGGCCCCCCAGGCUUGCCUCCCCCUUACUGUUUGGCUCAUCUGGCUCCCAAAACCUCAGUCAGCAGCAGCGCGCCACCCGGAGCCCCCCCUGGGAGAGAGCUGGCGUCCAUUCCUCCCGAGCUCACCGCCAGCCGCCAGUCGUUCCAGCACGCCAUGGGUAACCCCUGCGAGUUCUUCGUGGACAUCAUGUGACAGGACAGUGCCUUGAAAACACAGCGAGCACAAAACGUUCCUCUCUUCCUCAGUCUUUUUACCAGAAUGUAGAUGCCAAC